CCGGGCCCGCGGGAGAGGUGCCAGUGUCUGAGUCCCUCUCGGUGUAUGUGUGGUAACAACAUGUCUGUCCCCCUCCUCGCUGACGCAGUGACUGUCUCAGGGGCAGAGCGGGAGACUGCCGCGGUCAUUUUUUUACAUGGCCUUGGAGACACGGGGCACAGCUGGGCUGACGCUCUCUCCUCCAUCCGCCUCCCCUACGUGAAAUAUAUUUGCCCUCACGCGCCCCGGAUCCCGGUGACCCUCAACAUGAAAAUGGUUAUGCCCUCCUGGUUUGACCUGAUGGGAUUGACUCCGGAUGCACCUGAGGAUGAAGCUGGAAUCAAGAAAGCUGCGGAAAACAUUAAAGCAAUUAUCGAGCAUGAGAUGAAGAACGGGAUCCCACCCAACCGCAUCACUGGGGGCUUCUCACAGGGCGGUGCGUUGUCGCUGUACACGGCUCUCACCUGCCAGCACCAGCUAGCCGGCAUCGUGGCGCUCAGCUGCUGGCUCCCGUUGCACAAGGCCUUCCCGCAGGCGGCGAAUAACGGCGUGAACAAGGACAUCGCCAUCCUGCAGUGCCACGGGGAGAUGGACCCCAUGAUCCCCGUCCGCUUCGGGGCUCUCACUGCUGAGAAGCUGAAAUCUGUCGUCACCCCCACCAAGGUCCAGUUCAAAACCUACCCCGGCGUGAUGCACAGUUCCUGUCCUCAGGAGAUGAUGGCGGUGAAGGAGUUCAUCGAGAAGCUGCUGCCCCGGAUCUAAGCGGAGCCAAUCGAGACUGUUGCAGGGAAGGACGCCGAGGUCACAGCCGCUGAUCUUUCCCCCGUGACCCGUCCGCUGCAAACGGAAGCCAUGGCACCCCACCGCACCUCCCGCCGCACCCCCAGCCCCCACCUCUCCCCGUCUCCUCGCACCGCGUCUUCUCCGGCUGGGGUGCCCCGUCUCUCCCUGCUGCUCUCGGAGCUGAGAUUGGAGCUGUCUAAGGCGAGUCUUCGAGUGGCCUUUUCUCUCCUCCUCUUGCUCUGAGCGGUUUCUGUGGGGGUCACCAUCCCCUCGACUCCCCGUUCAGGCACCGCAGUGUGUGGGUCUGGCACGGCGCGGGUGAGGUUUUUUUUUGUUGGGUUUGGGUUUUUUUGUAACAGUGUUAGGGGUGGGACGUGCCCCUGUGUGGCGGGAGGAGCGGUGCGGGCACAGGGCAGGGCUGGGGCACCCUCCGGAGCCCUCCGUGGCCCAGAGCAGCCCGUGCUCCUCCUCUGCCCUCGGCCCAUCCUCUCCGCGGCUGCUCUCGGCCUCCGCUCAGGCGACUCACGGGUUUUCAAUCAGAGCUCAGGAACCCGGGACUCUCCUGCGAACGCCUCAAGGCCCAGGGGAGAGGCUCUGCUCUGGGCCGGUACUGCCAAAAGCUGCCCCGUCUCCCGGGGCCGGCAGAAAGGUGUCCGCGCAGCUCCUGCACCUCCUCGCACGGGGCCCCGGCCCCUGCCCUGUCGCACACGCACACUCCCCAGCGGGCUCACCCCCCGCUCCAGCAGCCUCAGCCAUCGGGCUUGUGGCAGCUCUGCCCUCCUCGAGAUAAUCGCCUCCUUCCUCCUUCUCCUCCUCCUCUUGUUGCUUUUACAAUCUCCUCCUCAGCCCGGCGAGGGCUCCCAGAGGCAUCUCUCCCUUCCUCGGCCUAGCUCUGUGCCCUCAGAGCCCCAAAGCGCUGCCGUUUACAGCCGGUGUCUGAGCAGCUUUGCCACGGAGCCCGCCCGGCGCUGGCCCGGUCCUUAACGUCUCUCUUGCUGCUACUUCUCCUUCCCUUUGGACUUGGGCUGGCUUGGGGAGGGAGAGGAGAGGUGAGGAGAGGCCCCCCCCGGCCCCCAGGGAUGGCUCUUGGCCCAGGCUGGCGUAGCUGGAGGAAGCAGGUUUGCUCCCAGCGGUCAUCUCACCAGCAUCUAACGCCCAGGUGCCGCUGCGCCCCAUCCUGCGGGGCAGCACGGGGGUCUCCGUGCUCCCCAGGGCCGGGGCUGUGGGCUCUGUUGGCCUUUCCGUGUACAAUCAAUCACGGGUUUCCCUGGGAUCCCUCGCCGGGCUGGCUGGAGGCUGCAGCCAAGGCUUGUCCCUCUCUCGAGCAGUGGCCUGGCUGGGGUGCGGGACCGGGCCUGUCCCCACCAGCAGAGCAGCUCCCCAGGCACAGAGCCCCGAAUGUCUCCUCCGCGGGUGGGCUCCUGGCCGCCCCCUCCCCUCCCGCAGGGCCGAGGGCACUUGCUGUUGAGCAGCGCUGCCCUUCUCCUCGCCUCUCCUCCAUGGGCUGAGCCCACAGCACUGUUGGGCCCUUCCGGGCUGGAGCUGUACAUGUCUUUUAAAAAAAACCAUACACCACAAAACCCGCCUAGCCUAAGGGCCGUCGCUCCCUCUCGCGUGCUCCGGCUCGGUGUGGGUCGAUGCCCUGUCGGGCCCCUCACUCCGCAGAGCCUCUGCUCGGUGCUCCGUGGCCAGCAGCGGGCUGUGGCCGGGCUCGCGGUGCCAGGGCCGGCACCUCGGCGAGGGCUGCUCCGGGUGGGGGGCAGGCGGGGGGCUCGGUGCCGGCAGCUCUGCUCCAGCUAUGCCCUCCCUGCCUGGGAUGCGCAAAGCAAUAACCCACUCUCCGGAGAGUCGGAUCUGACAGACCCAUCCUUGGUUGGUUUCUUGGGUUGUUUUGGGUUGGGGUUUGGUUUUGUUUUUUUCCCCCCCUCCGUUUAGGAAGUCUUAAACCAGCAAACCUGCUGCUGGUUUUGGGGUGAGCCCGGCUCUUCCCCUUGCUUGGGGUUCAGUCCUGCUGUUUCUUCUACUUUGUCUGUUUUAAAGCUGCUGUGUCCUCCCCUCCCUGCGCUCAGCGGGUGGGGAGGCGAGAGGCGCUGGCUGGGACGGGAACGCAGCUCCCUGCAGGUUACCUGAGGGCUGGCGGACAGACAGACCGACCUAUUUGACUGUGAACUGGAACCAUGUGCGUAGCGGGGGCCCGGGACUCGUGGCCAUCCUUGGGCACGGCCACGGGUGGCCACGCUGGCCCCUUUGCAGAGCAUUCCUGCUCGCUCCCCGCCUGAGCAGCACGUGCCUGGCCGGGGCCGUGCUGAGGACCCGGGAGGGAGAACGGCUUCUCUCCAUUCCUCAAUACAGCUUUUUUUUUUUUUUUCUUCUUCUUCUCUCUCUCUCUUUUGUCUUCCUUGUAAAUGUUUGGGGGUUUUUGUGUGUGUGUUCCACAGAGUCAGAAACAAGGUUAAAUAAAUCAUAAACCUCUCCCA